CGAUCUUGGUCUUUGUGAGGCCCGAGGCCAAAAGCUGCUCAACGUCUCGAAUCGCCGUCAAUGUUGGUCUCGUCCACGACAUGCUUCUCCCUCGACUCAAAGACUUGCAAUGCUAAGCGUCCAAGACAAGCACACGGCACGUUGACAUUUCGCACGGCUAGACGAGCGCGAAUAUUUCAACAUGGACCUUCCGACCAGACUAGGUCCUCAGCGCAAGAAGAUCAAAUUGAAUCCUGCCUCGGCCCACUCUGCAAGCACUCCAAACGCGACAUCUCCCGCUUCGUCAGCUGCUUCCUCAAGAUUCACGCUUGAAGCUCUUCAGAAAGUGGACCACAAGCCAGCAUCGAGCUCAUGCAGGCGCAUUGAUGGAGCGGAAAAGGGACAACCAUCAGCUUCUUCCUUCUUGAACCUGAAGGCUGAUCUCGCUGAGAGACAAGGAAGGAGGGAAAGGGAGACGAGAGAAAAGUCCUCCAACAUUCUUCCCUCUCAUCUUCUCCCUUCCCGUUCAACCCUAGAUCGUUCUCACAACAAAUCGUCCGGCAAUCGCACCACUUCUUCGUGGAGCAACACGCCAUCGGCACAAUUGGAAGCUGCUCGUCUUUCGCUCGAACGCAAAGCAAAAGCUUACGAGUUGCUUCGCAAGGGAAAAGAAGGAGGAGUAGAUGAAGAGGAGUUUAGAGGUGGGGUGGUGGAUUGGGAUCUGAAGCGGAUGCGCGAUGAAGAUGAGGGGAGGGAGGAUGAGGAUGAGGAUGAAGAAGCGGAGGGUAAACGGGAUGAGAAUCUCGCGAGCGUGGGAGGAGAGGAUCCACUGAUCGAGUAUACGGACGAACUUGGAAGGUCUCGAAUGAUGAGGCGCAGUCAAGUUCCGAGGGACUGGUUGAGGGAGCAAGAAAGAAAGACUCAAGAGGGCAACAAUGGUGAUGAUGGUCAAAGCUACGAUGACGCGAUCUACGCUCCUCAGACAGACUUUCCAGUCUAUCAAAGAGACCCUCGAACUCUUCCGGUGACAUCUAGCCGCAAUCAGAGACAUUUCGACGCUUCACACGAAGUGAGGAACAGGGGGGCCGCAUUUUACGCGUUCGACAAGGACGAAGAUGCGCGUCAGAGGCAGAUGAGGGAGUUGCAAGAGGAGCGAAAGAAGACGGAAAGUAGACGAAAGAGCGAAGAUGGGGAAGAGGUGCAGCUGGAUGAGAAGGGAGGUGUGGGCCGAGGUGUGGAUCAGGAUGAGCUGAGAAGAGAAAAGAGGAGGAGAGAAGUGGAGCAGAAGAGGAAGGAGUUGGAAGCGAAGAGGAAGAAGACGCUGAGCGAUUAGCCCAUUGGGGCGGAGCGUUCCUCUUGCGCUAUCCCACAUUCAGCUCGCUUUCGAGCGCUUCGUGCGUCAUGUCGUCUGGCGCGGUGUCGCUUUCGCCAUGUAUGCCCCAAUCAUGAGCGCUAGCAAUCUGCAUGUCCUCUUCGUAAAUCUUAGCAGCGCAAUACCGCACCCAAAUUGCGCAGC